AUGGGUGGCUCAGGGCGUCAUCGACGACGUACUCGAGUCGGACCCGGCGGUGCAGUGGUCUCGUCACUCUCCACACGAGCUGGUGGCGUUGUUCGAAGCACGGGCGAUGUGGCGUCUAGUGCGGGCCCUGCAGCGGGCUUAGGAGCUGGCCUCACAACCACGGAAACCAACUUGGACCCCGUUCAGGCGUACAAGGAGCGAAAAGCUGCCGCACGGCGUUUACGUGCUCAGCGCCUGGACGCGGACUCGACCAGCACUGAAAUGGGUGCGAGUGUCUGCCGGACACAGUCUAGCGCAGCGUUCUCGGCAGCGUCUCUGGGUCAAGGAAGGGCGCAGGGCUCGCCUGCUUCAACAAAUGAAGAGCAAACGAUCACGAAGCGGACCUGGGUUGGUGCGACGCCUCAACUGCUGCUGCAGGAGUGGAUGCAGCGGGCGGGACUGCGAGGUCAACCGCGACUCGCCAAGCAACCUUCCAGCGGGUGGCUCAUACGACUCGGAAAGGGCCAUCAUUCCCAGCAGCAGCAGCAGCAGCAGCAGCAGCAGCGGGGUUCAUAUCACCAAGUAGCAUCUGUCUAUAGUUGGAAUGGGGAGGCCUUAUCACCUGCAGACGCCCACAUGGUGGAUACAGACGAAAAAGCAGCGAAGCUGGCUGCCUUGUGGGUGCUGGCUUCAGUCGAUCGUCAGCGCAACCAUGCCUUGCGCUUAGAACCGUCCCUGCGGCCAUUCUGGGCUCGCUUCGUGGCUGCUCACGAGGCUAAAGAAAAGCAGAUUGCCGCACAAGCAGCAGAAGCCGCGAACGCUCGAGCAAGAGCACGAGCGGAAGCCAAAAAAGCGUAUCGAGAGCAGCAGCUCCUAGUCCCACUGCGACUGGAAGAUAGAACGCGGGCUGCUGUCGAGGAAGCGCUUGUUUGUCUCCUUGAACUCGAUGCGUCGGCGUCUCUCGAGAGCAUGUGGAUGCAGGCAUCACGGGCACUAGGCGCGGAGCAGCACUGGCUCUGGCAACAGCUCCGGGAGCUCGGGUUUGAUGCUGAGGCAGCGGCGGAAGCAGCCGCACGAUGUGUCGUGGAACCUGCAGGCUCUGGGAUGCGCUCUGCUGAGCAGCAGCGAUCCCAGGCGCUCGACUGGUUAUGUCUUCAUCUCGAUGAGGAUGAAUUGCCGCCCUCGUUUAGACCAGAGCAGGCCACGGAGGUUGUCGCCUUUCGUGCUGAGCAUGCAAAACAAGCACUGGAAGCUGCAAACAACCGUGCAAAGGCUGUAGAUCCGAAAGCGUCCCUGGACCCGUCUCCGGCCUGCUCAACGGUGCGCACGCCUGGCGCAACUCAAAAAGGCGCUGGUAUUGCGAAGAGCAACUCGGGUGCGUACAGCGAGAGCGAGCGUCUAAGGGCGCUCGAAUGGCUCGUGAACACCAUGGCGCUGAUGAAUCGUGCUCAAGGAGAGAGGCUUCUUCUUGCGAACAGGGAUCGAGUGCUUGACGCUGCACACGACUGGAUAAGAGAGCUCUUGAUCUUCACACCGACCGAGUCCAUCGCUUUUCUGCUGGAGCGGGUCCGGAUGCCGUCGAAGAUACGCACUGGCCGUCUCCAGCAUCGAGAAUUGAGUGGGGAUAAGAAUUCUCUUCGUCAUUCGGAGGGUACCCUCUAUAACGGGAACAGAGACAGCGGUGAUUGUAUGUUCAGGUAUGCUUCAUCGGCGAACGCGACAGCUACUGAGGAUAUGUUGGGAGAUCCUCUUUCUGAAGAGACAGAGCUUUUCGAGGAAACGGAGCAUGUACUUGAUCCUCGCUCCAGGUCUCUUGCAGAUACGCAGUCUUCAGUAGAGAAAGAGCAACGGCUGGAUACCGUCGAUUUCCGCCGUAGCUGCUGGGCACUCGAACGCCAGGAACUGGAGGCACGCUUCGGCCGUGCUUUCCGCUGGACUCGUGAGGUUCUCCCCUCGUCCAGUCUACCGCAACCGCUAUCGUCGAUCGAUGAUCACGUGGAUGCCGAAGGCUUCGAAAUCGACUUGCAGAUGGAUCUCAGCAGAACAGCGCCCAAGCUGGAUACGCCCUCAGCACGAACCGGAGCGGGAGCACCAACGACACCAACGGCGACACGUUGGGGACUAUCCCGUCUCUGUGGCCAUCUCUAUGGUUAUCCAGAGACGCUUCCGAUUCUCUGGUUUGAAGACUCGACGACAACGACGACAACUUUGGAGACGGUUCGAGCGACGCGGCGUCCGCCUCGACGCGUGCGGCGGGCCUGGCUUCGUUCUCUCCAUGGAGCGGUGCUGUUGGCGAUGGAUCGUAGUCGCCAAGCACCUGAGUGUGUACCGGCCAGAGGAGCCGUACUUGCACCAACCAUUUACGAUUGGCUAACAGAAUGGCAAAGCAAGCAAGGAGCGACACCUACGCUCCCAUCAUGCCGUGCAUUUGACCCAGACUCGAGGCCGACGCAUCUUCGCCCUGGCCCUGCUGGCGCUUCCAGGAGCUUGACUGCUCGAAAGAGCAGCUCUCGAAAGGCUGGGCCUUCGAGCAGCUUCUCCAGCGCAGGCAUUGAACCGGAUCCCGCUCUAGACCGCGAGUUGCAGCAGCGAGAACGUGAACGCUUAGAGCGUAUAGAGCGCCGGCAUUCGCCACCAGCACUGACCCGCUUACCCGCUCGUCAAUACCAGCAGGCAUUCUUGUCUUUGCUGGCUGCGGGAACAAAUCCCGUUCUCAUUCAAGCGGAGACGGGAUCGGGAAAAACAACCCAAUGCCCCGCAAUGAUCCUUGAGAAUGCACUGUUGCAGGGCCGAGCCUCGCAAACACGCAUUCUAGUGACCCAACCGAGGAGGAUUGCGGCGAUCACCGUUGCCAAACGAGUCGCUGAUGAGCGCGGUGAACGCCUAACCGCCGACUCGGAAACACCGCAAAGACAGCGCACAAGAACUGACGACAACGCACACGAAGCUGGACUUGUCGGCUAUCAAGUCCGUCUGCAGGGCCGAAUCUCACCGCACACGCGUCUGGCGUUCUGCACGACCGGUAUCGUGCUGCGGAUGCUGCAGCAGGACCCCAGUUUAACGAAUAUUUCGCAUUUAAUUUUGGAUGAGGUUCACGAACGUAGUGCGGAGAUGGACAUGCUGCUGUGCUGUGUUCGGAGGUUGCUGGCUUCACGAUCUGAUCUCCAAGUCGUAUUCAUGAGUGCAACUGCAAACGCUGCGUCUUUGGAGCGCUAUCUGGGGGCUGCUGCUGCUGCUGCUGCUGCUGCUGGUGAUGCGUCAACACCACGCACUCUUCGAGUCCUUCAGAUACCUGGUCGCACGUUUCCGGUGAUGAUUCGUUGGCUUGAGGAUCUACCCAGUUGGCGGAACGGUAGCGCGCAUGGUACCGCUUCCGUAGAACGCUCCGCUACCACCAUUGCUCAUCCAAUACUUCACGUCUGUGAUGAUGCGCAAGUCGUGUCGCUCUGUGAACAGGACGAGCACCAUGAGCUCGACACGGGAGCGAAGGAUGCCGCCUCCUGGCAAGCGUUCCAGCUGGCAAAGCGGUGCGCUCACCAGCACCCUACGGAUGAUGCUGAUCAUCGGGCAGGUCGUGCUGGUGCCGCUCAUACCAAGCCAUUGUCCAUGAAGCAGCUAGCAGCGACCGAUGCCCGCUCGCUGGAGCAGAUACGAUGUUUGGAAGCGACAGCAGCGAGCGCCCAGAGAACGCCAGAGAUGGAUCUUGCACUUGAUGCCGGCGCUAAUACGGAAACGAAGCUCUCGCCCAUGCUCGAUGCGCUUCAGCUCGAAGAAACUGCGAACGCUGCCAGUAACAACGCUGCGGACGUGUUUGGACGGCAUCCAGAGCGUAGUGCGGAACGCCAAGCGUCGGGAAGCACUGCUGCUGGUACCUGGGGCGAAAACGUCGACCCCGCAGACGAGGAGUCCUGCGCUGCGUCCGACGCCCAACAAUGGACACCGCUGGGGUUCAGCAGCGUCAAAGGAGCAUCCCUGGCCCUAGUCGAGUUCGUAGUACGACGCUUAGACGAGGAGCUGAGCGCUCAGGAAGCACGCUGUGGAUCCGGGAAACGCGGAGCUAUUCUGGUGUUCUUGCCGGGCGUCGUGGAAACCGAACAGCUGUGUCGGCGACUGCAUCGACUGGGAGGUCGUAGCAGCGCGCAUCGCCCAGACGCUGAGCUGUCGAGCACUUUUCAAGCCCGAGGAGUAGCAUCGUUUUGGGCGUUGCCGCUGCACGCCAAUCAAACCGCCGUCGAACAGGAACGUGUCUUCGCGGAAGCACCGGAUCCGCUACAGCAACGCAAAGUCAUAUGUGCAACCAAUGUUGCCGAGUCGAGCAUUACCGUUCCGGAUGUUGUUGCAGUCAUCGACACGUGUCGAGUGCGGAGUCUGCAGAUGCAACCCGCUACCCGGGGUGCGCUCCAGUUGCGCGAGUCCUGGUGCUCCAAAGCGUCUGCGGCACAGCGGGCUGGACGAGCUGGCCGUGUAACCGCCGGUAUCUGCUGGCGACUGAUACCACGUGAUCCCUUCUGGUUGAAGCAUCUCCCAGAGGACACUGAACCUGAACUGGUACGCACGCCGCUGGAGCGCUGGAUCCUCUGGCUGCUCGGCUGGUCGACUGCAGAGCGUGGAGCGCGUCACAGCCUCGAGCAGGUUGUGCAGCUGCUGCAACGCGAGAUGAUGACGGCACCACCGCAGGCACACACAGAGGCAGCAAUCGUGCGACUGUGGCAAAUGGGCGCUCUGCAGUUAUCGUCAGGUGAUAUGCUUGCCGCAUCUGGGCUUGCAUGGACGGCGAACGGCAUCAAGGUUGCUGCGCAAAAGACGAGGCGCGACGCAGUCGUCGUCCACGAUGAGGCCUCGGGAGACGUCCCCGCGGGAGCAUCGAGUGCAACGCAGCACUUGCCUCGAACGCUGAACGGGGAAACGGGUCCUAGCGCGGAACUCUGGUCGUUGUCGUCGUUGUCGUCGUCGCUGAAGGAUCUGGAAUGCACGCCCCUGGGGUGCAUCCUCUCCGCACUGCCGUUGGAUCCGACUGUGGGCAAGUUGCUCCUCUACGGAGCCAUAUUUGGCUGUUUGUCCUGGAGUCUCACUGCUGCAGCGGUUCUGAUCGAAGGUUCACCUUUUGCGCGCAUCACUGGCGGUGGCUCAAGUCUCAUCCAGAGGCAUCGCUUAGAGGCCUACAGCUCAUUCGAUAGCGAUAUAGCAAGUGCGGUUUACGUUUGGCAGCAGUGGCAGACGCUGUGCGCACAGGCGGCCUCUGCGGGGAAAGGGGCGUUGGCUGCGUUCCUCGCACAGAAUGCACUCUCCGAACGCGUCAUGGAACAAAUUCAACAGACACGACUUUCUCUGGAGCGAACGCUCGACGACAUUGGACUCGAGCCAGGGCCCAUCGACUGGCACGAAAACGAACAGCAUCAACGGAUCCACCGAGCAGUCCUAUACGCAGCACUGGUGCCGCAACUGUUGCGAGCGACCCCAGUGAGUGGAAAGCAGCAGAAGGAUACAUCUUCUGCGAAGCACGGGAAUGGAGCGACACCGAAUUCAACCACAUGGCAACUCUUUGACGAAACCAAUACCCCGGUGUGGCUGCACCCGUCAUCGUUGGUACGUCUGGAACGUAGCGAGGAGCAGCGGCAGCAGCUGUCAUCUCACGCAGUCCGGUGGUUUACCUACGCCCAGCGGGUCACUACGAGUCGUGCUUUUGUACAGCAGGUAAGCGCUGUACCUGUCUUUGCCGUGUUGCUUUUCAGCGGCCGCGAUAUCCGUAUUGAACACGAAGCUCAGCGGGUUAUCGUUGAUGGUUGGAUCCGCUUUCGUUGUGCUGCACGAACGGCUGUCUUGUUGCGGAGCUUUCGGCAGCAGACGGAGAAGGUGUUGUCGGCUUAUUUUGCGUCCCUGAUGGGCCCUGGAAGAGACACCAGCACCAGCACCAGCACCAGCACCAGCACCAGCACCAGCACCACUGCGGAUCCUCACUGGCCAGUACGUUGUCGAACGCUGCGCAGCAUAUUGAAGAGGCUCGUCGCCUACGACUAG